GUGUUGAAUUCCAAAAAUCGAGCGUCGGAUGCUGUAGACAAUGGUCGCCCCAGCUGGCCCUUGGAUGACGAUUCGAGAAAAGUCGCAAAAUCCAUGCGGACGAGAAGGGUCUCACUGUCGGCUCUUCAAGAUAUCCAAAAACCGCGACCAGCUCCCGAUUUCACCUCGACCCAUGGAUCUCCACUUCCUUCUCGAUACCGGAAGAAAACCAGUCUCUCAAUUCAGGCGAUCAUCGAGCGGAGGUCCCGACAGUUUGAGAGCUUCGAAAUGGGAGACAUGACGCUUUCCAGCGCCGAUAUAGGAGAUACCCCCUUAUCUGAGGCUCCCGGGAGUGCUUUUCCGUUUCCCCCCGUUCCUUCUGCGCCGAAUGCGCUCGGAAUUCGGGACGCCAACUCCUUUGAUUCGGUUUCCACCUUCGGCAGGAUAGAAAGCCAGGAUCGCUCUACUUCGACGAGUCGAGUGGACUCCCAAAUGAGGAGCAAAACCAAAGAGAAUCUUACGUCGCUGAUGAGCAUCAUCUAUGCGUUUUUCGUUGUUUCCCUCGGGGCAAUUUUUCCGCUGCUCCCUUCAGUCAACCUGAACCACUUAGCGGAUAAUAUUUAUUCCAUUCUCACCUCUGUGAUCGGUAUUAGUUGGUUGUUGUUCCUACAAAUCGACGUCGCGCUGUACAAACGGAGGAUUGUCAAAAGGAUCAAAGAGAAACUGAAGGCGAUCGACAAGCAAACGGAUGAUAUUCCAACUUCGACUGAUGCCAUCCUACAAGCUCUGGAAAAGCAAGACUGGGACGAAGACGACGGGAAACCCUUGUACAGAUUCCAAAGGGGAAGGCAUGCGGGUUCUUUCUUCCUCAAAAUCGGAAUGACCGUCUUCUGCUUCGGGCAUCUCAUUUACGAAGGACUGGUCCUCGCGAAGCAGACAUUGAUGACAGCCAGUCUGACCGUGUCCAGGAUCCAUCUUUUCUUGGCCGUGCACAUCCUUAGACCAACUUAUAGUUUCUACCAGCUCUUCGUGGUCUUCAAAUAUUCUCAUGUGAUUAUAAACCAUUAUCCAUCGGUCGCUCGCUUCGGACUCAUGCACAUGAUUUCGACCUCCUUCUCAUCCUGGUUGCGGAGUAUAAUCCUAGAUGCCGAGGCGUCUCAUGUAGAGGAGCAUCCGGAAGAUUGGCUCAACGAAACGAGUAACUUCACCACAGACGUCAUGAUGGUCUCAAAUUCGGGUGGCUCGGGACCCUUCGGCCAGUUCCAUCUGAUCAAUUAUCUCUAUCCGUUCACCAUCGAGUUCAGCAUCAUAAUCGCGGGAGUUUGGUUCAUAAUGUGGCUGAACAUAGGCGACGGUCAUCAUCACAAAGCCAGUGAAACCCAUCUGGAGCCCACCCUGCAAGAGAACGAAGGCGGGGAUCUGGACCUGACUUAUCGGUCGCAACUAGUCAUAUCGGCGGAUUGUCAUUCGGCCAACAAGGGUAUCUUCGCCGGACUAGGAGCGAUGUUGCUGUCCAUGGUGACAGUCAUUGUUUUCUUCGUCCUCACUGAAGCCGGCAAGAACAGACAACUCUACCGGGAUCUAGCUCUGGUGAUAUACACUGCUCAGAACCCACAAAAUCGAACGAUGGCCCAAGUUCUCGUGGAUCAAUACUUCCUCAAUGUGCCAGUGGUGACACGAACUUAUGUUGCCGCCUGUGUUUUGACAACGCUCGCGGUUGAACUCAAAGUUUUUAGUCCAUUGACUCUGUACUUCAAUCCGACGUUGAUACUACGAGGUCAGGUGUGGCGACUCUUCACAACCUUCACCUACUUCGGUUCGCUGGGCUUGAAUUUCUUCUUCAACAUGAUAUUCACCGUGAGGUACUGUCGGAUGUUGGAAGAAGGUUCGUUCUUGGGGCGUACGGCCGACUUCGUUUGGAUGUUCAUUCUUGGAGGAGCUUGCACGGCGAUCGCAGGUCUCUUUGUACACAUAUUGUUCCUCGGUCAGGCGUUCACUACGAUGCUGGUCGUGGGACACACCUAUUACUUCCUCGAAGAUGUUUUCCCUCGGCAGCCGAACGGCUUCAAAGUCAUCCACACCCCACAAUGGCUGAAGUUACUGUUCGAUAAUACGAACGAAGAUACCGAGGAAGAUACUCCGCUCGAUGAUGAAGUAACGCUCGCAGGAGUGGCAUUGAUCGCUGUCACAUUGGCUUUCCUCAAGACAUCGUCGCUGUCCUUCAACCCUGCACCGAUCACAUUUCUCGACGAUUGUCUGCUAGUCAUACCGAUUCCGUUCUUCUUUGUGAACACAGCGUUGAACGUUAUCGCGGAGAUCUUUCACGCAAGCGUAAGUAAGAUAAGAGGGAAAACCUCGGCUCCGGGUAUCGGGCUGGGGGUUCUGCUCCUACAACUCCUCCAAGUCCUCCUGCAGACGCCUAUGCUCAUUGAUGGUCUCCGUCGAUCGAGUUUCUCGCCGAAGCAAAGGUAUAAGAAACCGGGACGGGAACUGGUAACUUUUUUGAUCAUCAUCAACCUGGCUAUGUGGGUUGUCUUCACAUUCGAACAAAAGAAAGCAGAUACCCUCGUGGCUGCACCGAAGUUUUUCGGCGAACGUUGGCUCUACAUCGGGCACACAACUGUGCCCCUGAUGCUAUUUUACAG